AUGAUCUUACAUUUGAUAAUAUUAAUUGGUUGGUUCACCAAAAUAUAUUGUUUUCAAAAUUUAUUUACUGGAACAGAUUUUCAUUUUAAAGAUUAUGAUCAAUUAUAUAAUUAUACAAAUGGUAAUAUAAAUUCAAACAGUAUAGUUCAUUAUAAAAAUAUUGAAGAAUUACAACAAAACUUGAAAGAAUUUUACAGUAAUUAUGAUUCUUCUACGACAACUAUUUUAUUUCAUUUAAUCGAUGAUGAUCAUUAUUUAAUUCCAGAUACAAUUGAUUUUUCAACUAAAUAUUCAACAAAUAAAGAUUCAACUUUAUUCAAAAGUGUUGCAAAAAAUUCAGACUCAAACAUUCCACAAAAUUGGAUUGAAUUUUAUACAACAAAUAUUCAUCAUUAUAUUGAUCCAAAGGGAAUUGAAAUCCAAACAUUAACUACUGUCAAUAGUGAAUAUGCUAGAGGAGAAGUUGCUUAUUCUUUGGGUUCAUUAAAAAGAAUUGCUACUGAAUAUGAUAUGAAUACAAGUUUAUUUUUAGGUUUAAAUAUUUUUAUUGGUGGAAUUAUUGGAUUAAGAUUUGCACCAGAAAUUAAUUUUAGUUCAAGUUAUUCAACUUUUUAUACAUGUCCAGUUACAAGUGGUAAAACAGUAUUAAUAAAAGUAUAUCCUUAUAUCACAAAUUUAAAUCCUUAUUAUAAAAAUUUAAAAUGGAAUAAUAAAUUAAAGAAAUUUGUAACAAAUUUUAAAUUUACAAAAUUAGAUAAAGUUAAAUUAUUUACAAUGACUGGAUUGGAAGAUGUUGAAUGUGUGUAUAUUUAG